AUGGAAGACAUAGACACAUUUUUAUUCAAAUUGAAAGGGUAUUAUUUUGGUUGUGAAACCCUUGAUAUUGGUUUUAUAGAAAAUUUAAAUGAUUUUGAAAUUAAGGAAGAUGGUGUCUUCAUAAUCACAUACUCCAAAUCUGGGACCAUCUGGUUUCAGCAGUUAUUAAGCUUAAUUUAUUUUGAAGAACAUCACAAAAGCACUGGGAAUCUGGAAACAGUUGAUCAAAUCCCCUUCUUUGAGUACAAUUUUCAAAAAAUGGAUUUGUUGAAAGGCCAUCUCCUUGUCUCUUCCCACCUCCCACAUUACUUGGUUCCUAGUGGAGAGGAAGAACAAAAAUUGCAAAUUACUCAUGUAUACAGAAAUCCUAAGGUCAUUAUGUGCUCAUAUUUUCACUUUUCAAAGAAUAUGGCAUUGGCAGUUACAAGUACCUUUGAGGGAUUCAUCAAAUGUUUUCUAGAAAUAAAAUGUAAGUAA